AUGUCUCAAAUCUGUCCUCAAACAUUAUCUACAGCAACAUCAUCGAGUUCAUCUCUUCCACCAUCAUCUACAAAUAAUUUAAAUACAAGUAUAACAAAUGCAAUAACAAAAAUUUUCAUUUAUGUUGACAGUAAUCGAGACGAUGCUAAUGAGCCAUUCUCAAUUAAAUUAAAUAAACCAUCGAUGUCAAUAACACUCGAUGAUUUCUUAAAUGCUAUUCCAAAACCAUAUACAAGAAAUUAUAAAUAUUUUUUUAAAUCUAUUGAUCCUGUUCUUGGUGUUAUUCGAGAAGAAAUAACUGAUCGACGACAAAUUUUACCAUCAGCUAAUGGACGUAUCGCUGCGUGGCUUAUGCCAGCUACUUUAGCACAAGAUACAACUAAUGAUAUAACAACUACAACAGCAAAUACAAGUUAUCGAAGACGAAAUCGUCAACAAGAUGAUUCACUUUUUACUAGUGAUACAAGUGCAUCGGAAAUGACUGAUAUCGCUAGUCAAAUUGAUCAUGAUGAUGAUCGAUUCUCAUCAAUUACAGAAACAACAAAUACAACAGACACAAGUAGCAAUUAUCAUCGAAGACGACGACGAAGACGACAUCAUCAACAACAACAACAUCAUCGUCGUGAAAGAGCUUCAUCAAUGAGCAGUAUGACUGAUUCAACAAUAUCAAUGGAUGUUGUUACUGUUGUUUUAAGUUUAGAACGUAUUAAAUAUCUUGGUAUGACUGUUGUUGGUGAAUCUGAUGGUGGAAUUAUAGUUGGAUCUAUUAUGAAAGGAGGUGCUGUGGAUGCUGAUGGUCGUAUUCAACCCGGGGAUAUGAUAUUGCAGAUGAAUGAUGUUAGUUUUGAACAUAUAUCAAACAGUGAUGCUGUACGUUUAUUACGUGAAACUGUUAAAGAUGCAAAAUCAAUAAAAUUAGUUAUCGCUAAACGAUGGAAUGAUCAUAAUGGUCUAUUGGAUGAUGAUGAAAGUAAUGGUUAUUUUCCGCUUCCACAUCAAGUAAUAAUGAAUAAUAAUGCUCGACAAGAUCCAAUACGACCAAUUGAUCCUCGUCAAUGGGUUGCACAAACAAAUGCCGUACUUUUACGACGACAUUCUUCGCUCUCACCACCACCAGCGGCUAGUUCAACAUUAUCAUCAUCUCCUUCAAAUUCACCACAUAAUAGUAGUGGUAUAAAAAAAUAUCGUUAUGAUUUAAAUUUAACACGUAAUUCUGAUAUGGAAACAAUAUGUCGUGCUAUGCAACAGUCACAAUCAGGUUUAGAUAUACGUGAUCGUUUAUGGCUAAAAAUAAUUUUAAAAAAUUCAUUUCUUGGCUCGGAUCUUGUACAUUGGUUAUAUAAACAUGUUGAUGGUUUUAUUGAUAAACAAGAUGCAAAAGAAUAUGCAUGUGCAUUACUUGAACGUGGUUAUAUUCGACAUCCAAUUGUUGGUUUAUUAACACGUGGUUUUAGUAAAUCAUGUUAUUAUGUAUUUGGACGUCUAGAUAAUAAUGGUAACGAUGAUAAUGAUGAUGAUGAUAAUAGUCAGAUAAAUGGAAUGUCUCAACUAACAAUAGGUGAAAGUACAGUUAAUUAUGAUGCAAUAGGAGCACGUCCAGCGUAUGGUUUUCUUGAUAAACAUAAUGUGCCUGUUUUAUAUGCAUCAACAUCAUCACUUACAUCGUCAUAUAAUAAGAAAACUAAAAGCCAAUCAAGUGGAGAAAGUAGUCGUAUUCGUAUGACACCAUCAUCAUUUCUUGCUAAUAAUAAUGCAACACUUUCAACAAUACGAAGUCAUCAGCGUCCGAAUAACAAUUCGACUUGUACAACAGAUAAUUCAAUAAUAACGAUCUAG